CUCACACCUUCUGCUUCUGCUCCUGCUGACAACCAGGAACCCUCCACACCACAGCCAUGGCCUGCUACAACCGCUGCCAGCCCUGCGGACCCACCCCGCUGGCCAACAGCUGCAACGAGCCCUGUGCCCUGCAAUGCCAGGACUCCCACGUUGUCAUCAACCCUUCCCCCGUGCUGGUCACCCUGCCGGGACCCAUCAUGACCUCCUUCCCCCAGAACACCGCUGUCGGAUCCACCUCCUCGGCUGCCGUGGGCACUGAACUCAAUGUGCAGGGACAGCCCAUCUCUGGUGGAUUUGGUGGCUUUGGCUAUGGCCUUGGCUAUGGCCGUGGAUUUGGCUAUGGGCUGGGAGGCCUGGGCUGCUAUGGCAGAAGGGGUGGCUACAUCUGCUAAGGGCCCUCAGCACCACGUUUAACUCCACCAGUUUGGGGCUCUGGCAACAGUUCCUGCAAGCAAAGUACCUCAGCUGAUGAUCUCCCUGCUUGUGCGUCACUCUGGAUUCCUUCUUUCUCCUGUCUGUUCUUUUUUUUUUUGCCUCAAUAAAGUUUUCCUGCAUCAAAGCCUGAGAUGCCUCAUUGUCUUUUUGAAUUCCAAUGAGCUCACAUCCACACCCAGC